AUGCAUGCAGGCCUGGGGCACACCGCGGAGGCCCUCCACGCGCUCAACGAGACCAUGCGUCUGGCGCAGCAGUGCGGCGACCCCGUAGUGCUGCUACACGCUCUGUCCGUGCUGUGUAGGCUGCUGGCGGCUAUCGCACCCGGCGCGCCCGGACUGCCGCCCCACGGCCCCGCAGCCCUUCGCUCCAGCCUGGCUCACCACGUACAGCUGUUGCGCAUGCUGCGCCGCUGCCGGGAGCGCGGACGGGAGCUGGGGCAGCCGCACCUGACGGCGUUUGCGCAGCUAGCGGCGGCGCGAUUUGCCAUGCUGCAUGACGUGGAGCCGAGUGACAGCGGCCUGCAUGCGCCGCCGGGGUCACUGACGGCGGCGGCCGCGGCGGCGGCGGUGCCGCCUUCGGCUGGCGCCGCGCCGGCGGAGGCGCCCGCCGGCGCCGGAGGUGAGGGAGAGCUGCGCGCUGCACCGCUCAUGGUCUCAUGUGCUGUGCGGGAUACCCAUGCACUGGCUACCGCCGCGUCUCUCUCCGCCGCCGCGCCUGCGGCGCCGCCGCCGACCGCCGCCGACGGCACCCCGCCACCGCCACAGCGCGCCGCCGCCGCCGCCUCGGACCUGUACUCCUCCCCCCUACUCUUUGACCGCUCCCUGCCGAUAGGUGCUGCCGCUGCCAUGGCGGAUGCCGUACAGCAGCUCGCCGGCGCCGCACACCUGUUGCAGUCUGCCGCGUGGGCACUACACGGCCACAACACUCUAGAACGAGCCCACACGAUGAUGUAUUUGGCGGCGUUUUCGGACCCGCAGGUCGGUUGCGGCACACCGGCGCGUUUCGAGGAUCGCAGUACGGCAUGUGCACAGCUGGUGGCGGCAGUGGCGCGGCGCGGCCCGGCAGCGGCACGAGCCGCCGCGGCGGCGUGCCUAGGGCUGCUGGCGGCCAGUGUGUGCUGCGACGGCACUGAGGAUUCGUCGCCGUCGUACUCUGAAUCUUCCGCUGGCGGCGGCGCGGCGACGGCAGUGACAGCAGCGGCGGCGGAGGGAAGUACAAAGGCAUCCGGCGGGUGGGAUGGCGGCUGCAAUGCUCUGGCGUUGUGGGGCGGUCCUGCGCUGGCGGCGGCAUGGUUGUGUGCCGUACAUGACCGUGCGCUGGCGCUGGGAGAUUCUGCUGCGGCGGCCCAGCUAGUGGGCCAGCUUUGUGCGCUAUCGGACCCCCAGGCGCAUCGCGAUGUGGAGAUCAGGUUGGAGGCCGCCCGCCGGGGUGUGCUCAACCUGUUGGCCGCGGGCGCCACGGAGGAGGCCCACCGGGCAGCUACGGAGCUCUUUGCGCGCUGUGCAGAUGCAGGCCUCCAAGCUCCAGCCCUCCGCUGCCUCAUGCUGCUAGCGGAGGUGCACCUGGCGGCUGGAGAUCCCCACGGAGCCUUCCUGCACGUGCUGGCGUGUCUGCUGCCCGCGCAGCCGGGACCGGGGCCCGCGGGAGGUGGCGUCUUUGCGGCAGCGGCCGCGGGCGCCGCCGCUGACAGCAGUAGCCUGGGUGCUGCGGUGGCUGGCGGCGGCAGUGGUGGCGGCCGUGGUGGUCGCAGCCACGACCUGCUGGCUGCGGAAGCUCUGGUGUUGUUGUGCCGAGUGUGGUAUGAGCUGUCGGACGGGCAACAGCUAGAGGAGGUGUUGGUGCUGCUGCAGGAUGCGCUACCGCUCAUACUCGCCCACGGAUCUGUACAUCUACAGGCACGUGCUCAGCUGGUGUUGGCGGAGAUGGUCAUGUCGGAGGCCAGCUCGCCCGCCGACCUGACGCACUGCUAUAGCCAGCUACAACGCCUGCUGGCAGGCGCCGCACAGGCCGCGACAGCCGCCGAAGACUUUCGCAUGGCGGCGCAGGCGGCAUGCAUGCUGGCAUGGCUUCAUCACAGCCAGGGUUCGGUUUCGGAGCGGGACACGGCAGCGGCGCUGCAAGAGACGCUGUUGGACCGGCAGGCGGAGGCGGAGGCGGCGUGUGCGUCGGAGGGCCGGACGCUUCAUGUUUUGAGGGCCUAG